GGGCCUUCGCCAGUGAGGCUGCGAGCAGCGCGAAUCCUCGGUGGUGGUUGAUCCGUUCUUCCCAAGCGUUCCGCUGCGGGCACCUGUCACCUAGCUCGGAGUUCCCCGGCCUCAGCAUGGCGGACCAGGCGGCUUUCGACACCAACAUUGUCACCCUGACCCGCUUUGUCUUGGAAGAGGGAAGGAAGGUCCGGAGCACCGGCGAGUUGACGCAGUUGCUCAACUCGGUGUGCACCGCGGUGAAAGCCAUCUCCACCGCCGUGCGCAAGGCGGGCAUUGCCAACCUCUAUGGAAUUGCUGGUUCUACAAAUGUGACGGGUGACCAAGUCAAGAAGUUGGAUGUCCUCUCCAAUGACUUGGUUAUUAACAUGUUAAAGUCAUCCUUUGCCACCUGUGUGCUUGUGUCUGAAGAAGAUAAAAACGCCAUAAUAGUAGAACCUGAGAAAAGGGGUAAAUAUGUGGUUUGUUUUGAUCCCCUUGAUGGAUCUUCCAACAUUGACUGCCUUGUGUCCAUUGGAACCAUUUUUGGCAUCUACAUGAAGAAAUCAACGGAGGAACCUUCUGAGAAGGAUGCUCUACAGCCAGGCCGGAACCUGGUGGCGGCUGGCUACGCAUUGUAUGGCAGUGCCACCAUGCUGGUCCUGGCUAUGGCGAAUGGUGUUAAUUGUUUCAUGCUAGACCCGGCCAUCGGAGAGUUCAUUCUAGUGGACAGGGAUGUGAAGAUUAAAAAGAAAGGGAACAUCUACAGCCUCAAUGAGGGCUAUGCCAAGGACUUCGACCCAGCAGUCUCUGAGUAUAUCCAGAGGAAGAAGUUUCCCCCAGAUAACUCGCCCCCCUACGGUGCCCGGUAUGUGGGCUCCAUGGUGGCUGAUGUGCACCGCACCCUGGUAUAUGGAGGGAUAUUUUUGUACCCAGCAAACAAGAAAAGUCCAAAAGGAAAGUUGAGACUACUAUAUGAGUGUAACCCAAUGGCUUACAUCAUGGAGAAGGCUGGAGGAUUGGCUACCACUGGCAAGGAAGCUAUACUGGACAUUGUUCCAACUGAUAUCCACCAAAGGGCACCAGUCAUUCUGGGUUCUCCUGAAGAUGUGACUGAGUUCCUAGAGAUGUAUAAGAAGCACGCUGUCAAAUAAAGAGCUGGUCUUGC